UCCUCUAGACUUCUAUGGGCUGCCCUGGCAGAGAAACUGAGUGUUCUCCUCUCUUUUAAGGAUCAGUAUUUUCAGAACUGGAAGCCCUUUCCUCACCUCACAGCUUUCACUUCUAAUUUACAUGUGGAUUGAAAUCCUUCUGAAGGGAUAUUUCUUCUACAAAAGGCAGGUAUAAACAGAAGAGAAUUUGCUAGAUCCAACGUCAGUUUUGGAAAGCAUUGGAAGCAAAGCUGAGAGAGGAGAAAAGAAGCUAUCUGAAGCUUCAAAGUCCAAUGACAGGUCUGGAUGAAAGCUGGAAAGAGACGAGACUAAAUGCUUUAUUUAACAGCUGGAACCCAAGACAACUAGUAAGACUUGUUCUGACUUAAUAACACCCACAUUCCAGUUAGAGAGUAAAAGAGGAGUGAAGACAUUUCUUAAUUGGACCACUAUAGCUAUGGACCUACAGGCCCAACUGGAGUCCAGAACUGAGAGGAACUGGAAUAAAGAGAAAAUGGAACUGCUGGAGCGUUUUGACAAUGAAAGGAAGGAGUGGGAAUGUCAAUGGAAAGUCAUGCAGAAGAAAAUAGAAGAGCUUUACCAGGAGGUAAAAUUAAGGCGUGAGAGCAACAUGAACGCCUUUGAUAAUAAGGCCAUUCAUAGCAAGACACGGCAGCAGUUUGUACAUUCCCCCACUUCAGAAUGGAGUGACACGCCAGGACUGAACUGUUGUUCACAAGACAAAGAAAGUUUGCUCACCAAGGCAGAAAAUGAAAGCAAGGACACAAAAAACAAGAGGAAAAACCGUGUUUUUGUGAAGGAUAAUCUGGUCUUUGAGAAUUACAAGGAAGCUGAAGAUUGCCCAGACUUGAAAACAACCAAGAAUUACACUCAGGAUCUCAGUAUUGCUCUUAAAGAACUUGCCAAAGUAAGUGAAGACUUGUGCAGCUACCAAGAGGAAAUCCGCAAGAAGUCCAACCACAGAAGAAAAAAGUUUCUUCCUUCCACGGAGGAAUCUGCAGAAGAUAAAACCACACUGAUUAUGCUGGAGAUGAACCAUAUGUGCAACAGUGACCCACAAACUGCUUUAAUUGCAUUCGAAACAGAAAAACAAAAUAACAGGAAGAACUUGAUGGGCAUCAACAGGUGUUUGAAGGAGAGUGCUUGUGGUGUUGAGCAAACAGACGUUUUGCCCUGGCAAAGGAAUGAAGCUCCUCCUGUGCCUCCAAGAAGCACUUCUCGGCAUCUGACAAGCUCUCUUUCUGCAGCUGUCCACGUUUCUGAGGUAUUAGCAAAAGAUUCAGGACAUAGAAACCAUUGUAAAACCAAGGAGUGUCAAAAUAGCAAUACAUCUAUUAAUCCAUCUGUUUCAAAACUAUGUGAUGCUCCAGGGCCACCAGCAAGUGAAUGGAAAUCUGUUAGUGGUCCCGCAGUGGCUACGACAGUGCCCACAGAAAAAAAGGAUCUGUCCACUGAAUGCAAACUAUCAGUGGGAUUUUGUCAUAACACAUGGACCUGCAAAGCAAGCAAAAUUGGGAAUUUCGCUAAGAAUGACUCUGUCAAACACUCUGUCCAAAAGAGUAGUUCUGAUGGAAAUAUGAUGUCUCAGAAAGAACAUCCUGAAUCACAAAGCAUUGUGUGUUACACCAGUGACUUUUAUACACCUGUAUGUGGCACACUGGGUGAUUCUGGAUAUGGAACUGGAAAGACUCAACGGAAUGAAACAUUGGAAGCAAAGAUUGAUGAAUUUAACAGAACUGUAUUUCAUACAGAUAAAGGCCAAAAGUGUCCACCAAACAACCAAAUGCUACCAAGACAAUCUGGAGAUUCUAACUCCACUAGCAUACUGCAGGAACGUAUGAAAAACAGAACUGAAAAAAAUGCAGAUCUUACAGAUGUUUUGAAUCCCAAACUCUCUUUGAGAAAGGAAGAGAAACCCAGUAAUCCCAGCAAAAACAUCAAAGUGAUAGGACAGCAAAAGCAAGUAAAUGGGCUUUUAAGUAGCUACCAACAUAUGCUUCAUGAGCAUGAUUGGAGGCCAAGUAAUUUGUCUGGUCGCCCACGGUCAGCUGAUUCAAGGUCAAACUAUGGUGUUGUUGAAAAGCUUUUGAAGAACUAUGAAAAAUCAGCUUCUUUGUGUAAUUCAAAGUUUCAUAAAGAGAAGUGGGCACAAUCAAAUUCUGCAUUUGCUGGUGGCAACUGUGAGGCUGUGGGUCAUUAUUUUGAAAUGCUCCAGGCAGACCUAGGAAAGCAGGAGCUGCAAAAGAAUUCGGCCAGGCAUGUUGGACUUUAUACCAAGCAAGGAAGAGAGAAGCAGAAAUUUCCUGAGGUAUCUGUGCCAGUUAAACAGUCCACUGGGAAAGGCUUCUCUCGGCCAGCACGACCAGCAAACAGGCGCUUACCUUCCAGGUGGGCCUCCAGGUCACCGUCAGCACCACCUGCCGUGAGGGGGACAGCUCUGAAUUAAUGCUCUUGACCUUUGUCAAAUGGUCUUAAGUGGUGUAAGCUCAAGAAUGGAUUUGUUGCUGUUGUGAAAGCUCCAUGCCCUUUUGGACUCUGUUUUCCAUGUUCCUGACCGCAACCAGUUCUGUACAGUCAUCCGUUGGUCAAUAGUUACCCAUCUCUUGACUUGCUGGAGAAGUGGUUUUGAUUCUUAGAUCAUCCUUACAGUCUUCAGUGUUUUUAUUGAUUAGAUAACAAUGUCCAUCUUGUAUGCAUAUAUAUUUUUAUAGCUCAUAGUAACUUUUCCUUUGAAUGAUAUCCACUGAUAUUCAUCUAUCCUAUGACUUUUUUUAAAUUUAAAUAAUGUAAAGUUCUGUAUAUUCUGACUUUCCCCACAAACAGCAGGAAAAAUGCUGUAUGCAUGAUCAUGUGUUUGUAGGUGCAUGUGUUGGAUUAGGAAGUAUACUGGUCUGUAUUUAGAAGAGACAAACUCAAUACCAGUACUGACAGUGUAAUUACAAAGUACAUGCCUAUACACACACAUACACACUUAUUUUAAAAUAUAUAGUCUCUUUUGUAUAUCCUUACAGGUUUCACAGGUCUGGUAUUUGAUAUACAAAAACUAACAGACACAUUUUUUGUAACUAUGAUAGCAGCAAAAAGGCAAUUGUACAACGUGUACCUGAUACAGAUUAGCUCAAUGAAUUGAUCCCUCAGCCAUGCUGGAUGCUACUCUUUUCCUUCUUUACUUGUCUAACCUUUACAAUGCAAGGUCACCAUGGACAUUUUUUUCUGAAUUAAAGUGCUCUACUAUUUAUAACUGUAUUAGCCUUUUUCAGCACACAGACAUUCCUAAAAAUGGUCGUCUGUCUUAAAAUGCUAGGGCCUGCUAUUCACUGUAACAUAGCUCAGAGACUGAAUUCUACAUGCUUUAUUUAACCAGAAAUACGAAUUGUACAGAGAGAAAAAAGCAAAGCCACAUAACGCCCUAGGGUAGAAUUAACGAUUAAAAGAAGAACAGAACUUCUAGCACUAUGUACCUUGUGUCCUGACAUCAUUACGAUAAUGGAUUCUCAUGUCAUUGUGAGUGGCAGCUGACAAAUGAAGUGGGAUGGGGGAAUGUACAGCAUCAGGAUUUCAGGACAUGAGGGAAGAUGAACCUCAUGGCUCUGAGGGGAUGGGACAACAUGACCAUUUUGGCUCCAUAUUUCUUCUAAUGUCACUUCUACCCUUAAGCAUUUUUUCUCUAAAAAUACUGUAUUCCAGCGGUAUAGCUAAAUCAUACAGAGUUAAUGUUAGGACUUGCCAGGUGUCAGAACUUGACCUAAACUGUUUGGGUUUGGUCCAGUUUUAUACCUGUGAAAAACCAUAAACCAAAGAUAAGGGUUGGGAUCUGGCAAGUUUCUUUUCCAUGAAAGCAGAAAUAAGCAACCAUUAAAAUAUAGGAGUCUGCAGCUAAUCUGUACUUCUUUAACCCAUGACUAGAUUUUAGAUGGCCAAGGCAUGCAUUCUGCUCCCAUAAAUGAUUCAAGUACCUCUCAGUUAUGAGGUUUGCUUGCAUUCUGGCACAAGCUUGACAUACAGUACAUAAAUAUUGCAUCAAGAUAGGAUUGCAGUGGUGCCAGAAAUCCUAGACUGAUGGCAUUAGAAAUAUGUAUGUGCCAUCGUCUGUCUCUGUGUUGUCGGCUGUUAGUAUGCUAUGUGUGUUGCCAGGUUUAUUUCCCUUUUCCAACAGUCCGAAUGAAAUGUAGCUCCUGCCAAGGAUUCUCUUUCAAGUGUCUUGAAGAAUGUCACCUUCCUCUUUCUGAAUUUUCAUCCCUUUUCACACUGUGCUGGGAAACUAGUGAACCACCUGGCUCUCAAGGAACAAAGAGGCAAUUGUGUUCCUACUUUUCUCUGCCUACUGCAUUUUAGGACAGGUGACAUGUUUGCAAGCAUUAUAAGCCAGCUUCCAAUAUAUUCUUUAACAUACUUGUCUAAUGCACAUUUCAUAAAAUUGCAAAAUGAGAGUUAGCCUUUUGUCGUCUUGUAAGGUGAUUGUAACACUCUUGGGAAAAUGGUUGAGUUGAUUUAGGUAGUAAUUAUAUUACCCCUGUCUUGUCAUGAAAGGAGCCAGGGAAUAGGUCUGUGUAUAUACUGUGCUAAUAUAUACAUAUAUAAAAAUUCUGUGCCACAGUAACCCACAUCUGUGCCAAUGAAAGCUGAAUUCUGCAAUAUGUAUAAAAUGUGAAUUAAGUUAA